AUGUCUACCUUUACGCUCUUCCCAACACUACCCAAAGAGCUCCGCGACGCCGUCUGGCAAGCGAGCAUGGCCACAACAGCAACCGUCGAAUUCGACGAAGACGAGUACAUGGUCACAAGCAUUUCGUCACCAGCCGCCCUCUUCACUACAUCAAAGGAGGCGCAGGCCACAGCGUCGUCCUCCUCUCACCAAAAAUUCCCCAUCUGGGGCCCAGAGGACUGGGAAGAUCUGGCCAUAGAUCCCGAGAACACGAUCCUCGAGAUCGUCAUCAAACCAUCAAAGUCCGCCACCCUCAACAUCACAUGGACAGACAUCUGGGGUGUACUUGGCGACGCACUACCAGCCACACAACGCCUCCACAUCGCCUGCACCCAGCCUGAGCGCCUGGCCAGGCUGUACAUGGCAGAGGAGGCAGAAUACCUUGGCGUCGGCCAAUCCUGCGUCGAAGCGGGAUUGUUCAACAAUGCCGAAACCGUUUCGGGUGAGCGAAAAACCCGACAAUCACUACACACACAGCUCACGGUCACUGCUAGCAAGCAUACCGUUGAAGAAAUAGACCAGAACGCCUCUGAAAAAGAGGUCACCGUCUGGAAGAUAACCAAACACACUUUUUUGGAGUUUGGGCCUGAGGCCAAAGUUUCCGCCAGCAAGGGGCUAGCGCGCGUAGAGGUCGACAAUGCCUGUAAGAUGUCCGUAAAGCAGCUUCACGACGCUGCGAGAACCUUCGCGCUGCCCGCUGAGGAGGGGGAGGUGUCAGGGGUCGAGGAAGAGGUGGAGGAGAAGUCAGGGGCGCAGCUGACGGAGGAUGCUAUCGCAAAGCAUCUGGAGUGUCAGGGGCUGUGGCCGCCUAAGGCAAAGGAUUUCGACUGGGAUCCAGAGGGCAGCGUCGCGAGUGGGGAUGACGAGGCCGUUUGGAAGUGGCUGUAG